AUGAAAACAAUUGGCGCAGUGUGGCCAGCACCGGCAAAAACUUCGGAGUUCCUAUCGAUACCAUCGAUAUUUUCAGAAAAGGCGAUACGGCGACGCGGUUACACUGAAAAGCUUGUAAACAAAUCGGCUUUUGUUGUGCGUGUUUGGCUUUUCUUUCGAUCUCCGCAAUCUGCGUCCGAUCGCAGCUGGGUGGGAUUCUGGCCAGGAUUGGCAAUGAGCAGCGGCGCCACCGGCUGCAAGCGCGUGCACAGCAUCGAAGUUGAGCAGCCGCUGGAGGCGGAGCGCGUGCAGCACGGCCUGCUUUUAGUCAAAGGGCGUCUGCUGCCCAAGUGCUCGGCGGCGCGCCAAUUGAGGGCCACCCUUGACAGGUCACUGGAACAGCUGACCCAGCUCUCGGCCGGCGGCGAAUUUAAGCUGCUGUUUGACUUGGAGCGUGCCGCCCAAGGGAAUCCAACAACGGAGACUGCCUGCCACUUGGAACUGCGCUCCUGCAGCGCCGUUCACCAGAUUAGCUUCAUCUACACGCCCCGUAGCAGCUCCUACAGAGUGCAACCGUUGUACCUGCUGUGCAGCGACGAGGAUAAGGCCGAGGAACAGCUGCGAGAGGUGCAUUCUCUCAUCGAUCUCAAUUUGCGUCUGGUGCAGUGCAUCUACGCACACAAACUGCUGGCUGCUGGCUUUCCCAAUCGCACAUUCACCCUGAACGGCGGCUGCUGCUCCUUCCGCAGCCAGCUGACCCAGGAACAGGCACUGGCCAAGAGCGAGGACGAGCUGUGGCAGCAUUUCGCGGGCGAGAUUAUCGCCUGCCCUCAGUGGGGCCACCAGAUUAGGCUAAAGUUUGUGGCCUUCGUCGGCUGCACGCGGUACGACGGGGCCGGUGUGGCCGCCAGUGGUGACUCCUCCUACGCCAGCAUCCGGCGGCAUCUAAGCGGACACGCAGCGCUCGGCGGCGGCGGACUUGCGCUGUUUGGUAGUGCCCACUUUUACGCCUGGCCGCGCAGCUUCUCGGAGAUUGGCGACUGUGUACGCAGCACAGAGCGGGUGGACGUGUCCCGGCUGCCGGACGAGAGUAACUAUAGGCGAACGUACGGCGGUGUGUAUGCCAGCACCUUGGGUGCCGUGUGCCACGAGUUGGGCCACUGCUUCGAUCUCGGGCACACCUCCGAGGGUGUAAUGGGUCAGGGAUUCGACUACCUAAACCGAGUCUUGACCGUAGAUCAGCCUACAGAGCAUCUGCCGCAACGAAUCGUAGAGGCAGUGGGCGGCGGGGCAAAGAGAGCUGCUGCUGGUGGUGGCGGCGGCGGUGGUGGUGGUGGUGGUUCCAGUGCUGCAGGAAGAUUGGGAGCUGCAGCUGCCGGCAACGAGGGACCCCCGGCCAACCGGCCGCGUUUUACCAAACUAAAGCUACAGGCGAGCAACCAACUCCUGGACAAUUAUCACAAUCAAAGGCGACACGACAGCUUCUAUUUCGCACGAAACUGUGCUGUGAUCUUGGCCGGCCAUCGCUGGCUCAAUCUGGACCUGGAGGAGACCUCGUCGGCGUACAUUGAGCCCGCUGACAUUCAGAUAAGCUGGCCCACCAAGGAGAUCGUGUCCAGCCGACCCCUACGUCUGGUCGAACUGCGCUGCAACCGCAACAGUUUGGUGGCUCACUACGAGGAGUUUGAAGGGGACUCCGUGAAUCGAUUCCAGCUGCCAGCAUCCCUGUGGCAUCUCCUGGCAGAGCAGCGCACGCAUUACGUAUUUGUGCUGACCACUAGCGGGGAUACCAAGCGACUUUCCUGUGAUUCCUUACAAUAA